AUGACGUCAAGUGGUGACGGCCUUGCGUUGUCCUCGACGCAGCGUCUUGUUCGCGGUAAUGUGACGCCUAGUCGAGCGUCGCGGUUCUUCUUGCCACGCACACCGUGUCCGCGUCAGGAUCCUCUGUGCACGCCUGAACGAGGCACAUCCGCCGUCAUUGAUAUUGAGGCUUCGACGCCGUACUCGGGCAUGUCACCCUAUGAUGCCGAUCAUACUCAACAAUCCUUGUCGUCGUCUCCAGCGUCGAGUGAAGUGCUCACACCCAAGCAUGAGUGCGAGCGAGAAUGGCCAUCGUCGCCGACCCUUGACCGCAAGAGACCCAGAGCCCAGCGCUCUUAUACCCCGACCGGACAUGCUCGUCUGGAUUGUAUUGAAGACGUACCAGCUCUUUCUCUGACGAGACACGCAGAGACACGUACUGUGUCGAUGCCGUCGUCCAUGUCACGCUAUCCACUCGCCACACAUGCUGGGCCUCGUAUUCCACUAGCGUGGCAGCGCGUACAGAGCCGAUUCACUUCGCAUGCACGACACGCACGUGCGUUUCUCUCGUCAUUUCGUACAGAUGCGGACUCGUACUACCACCUCGAGUCAGGGUGCAUCCCGCAUGGCACGUCCAGUCCGUUGAGUGCUGCGUACAUGCACAGCGCAUGUGCAACGAGGGAUACACCACAGUGCCUCGCUGUGGGUGAUGACGAGGGCCGUGUCCAUCUGCUUGAUACCCUUCGGCCUCCGCAUGCUCCAGAUGCUUGCCGGCAUGUGACGGAGCCUCUGUUGCAUGGCUCGAUCUUUGCUUUGGACUGGCGCAAGGAUGACCGUGUGAUUGCACUAGGGGGAAGCGACUAUUCUGUGAGCGCAUGGGAUGUCGAGCAUCAGCUCUGUGUCGCCUCAUAUGAUGCGCACCGAGGAAGUCCGCGAGCCUUGGCAUGGGAUCCAAAUGAGGCGGCGGGGGGGCGAAUUCUUGCGAGUGGCGGUCGGGAUGGCGACGUGUACAUAUGGGAUCUGCGGAUGUCGGAGGCUGCAUUGCAUAUCCCACGAGCACACGGUAUGCCUCGCACGCGUCGCCUGCCAACACAGGAGCGACAGCGACCGAGGCCUCGUCGACGAGCGUUGCAACCCACCGGGUCGGCUGGCGUCACGGCGCUUGCCUUCGUACCGGGCCAUGGCCUAGCAACGGCAUGCAGUGAAAACGCGAUUGUCCAUGUAUGGGAUAUGCGGAAGGCGCAUUGUAGUGCGAGCAGUGUGGACUGCUCCAAGCGAGCGUCGUGGAACACGCGGCCCCACGGCAUCUCGUCGUUGGUCGUCGCACACAGCCGUCGCGAGAUGUAUGCUGCUUGUACAGACGGCUGUAUCUAUGUGCUCAAUACGGACGACGUGGCGCGUCCUUUGAUACCGGGACGCGUAUGUGCCUUGCAUCACGAGAUACAAAGACAAAAUACAUUGUAUGCGCGCUUAGCACUGUACCAUGACACAUACCUAGCACUGGGUUGUCACUCUGGCGAUGUGGUCGUUUGGGACGUGUCGAAGCCGAUGUCUAUGACGCCGUUGGUGGAUGAAGCAGGUAUCUCGCGCGAAGGAGGCAUCGUUCUCCCUCGUGCACACGAGCUCAAGUACGUAUUGAUGCAUACACGCACCCCUCGUCGAAAAAAAAAAACGUACAUCUAG